CCUGGCUGCCCACCACCUCCACCUCCUCUAGUCCCUGGCUGCCUGCCGCCCCCAGGGCUGCCAGGCCUCUCAGCAAUGGAUGGCCCCUCCCAAGCCAAGAAGAAGAGGACAGUGAAGCUCUUCUGGAAGGAGCUGAAGCAGCUGGAUGGCACUGUGGGGCCAGGCAGGUUCGGCCAGGCAACACUGUGGGCAUCCCUGCAGAACGUUGAGGUCAAUGCUGCCAAACUGGAGCAUCUCUUUGAGUCACGGUCAAAGGAAGUGCCAACUUCAAAGAAGGCCAUCGAUGGGAAGAAGGUAGUGGUGGUGCUGGACCCCAAGAGGAGCAAUGCCAUCAACAUUGGCCUUACAGUGCUGCCACCCAUGCACAUCAUCAAGACGGCUGUCCUCAACUUUGACGAGUUUGCGGUCAAUAAGGAAGGGAUUGAGAAAAUCCUGACCAUGGUCCCGACUGAGGAGGAGAAGCAGAAGAUCCAGGAGGCCCAACUGGCCAACCCUGAUGUGCCCUUGGGCUCUGCGGAACAGUUCCUCCUUGCCCUGUCUUCCAUCAGUGACCUCACGGCCAGGCUCCAGCUCUGGGCCUUCAAGCUGGACUAUGAGAGCCUGGAGCAGGAGAUUGCAGAGCCGCUCUUUGAUCUGAAGGUGGGCAUGGAGCAGCUGGCCAGAAAUCACACCUUCAAAUGCAUCCUUGCCACACUGCUGGCCAUGGGCAACUUCUUGAACGGCUCCCAGAGCAGAGGCUUUGAGCUGGGCUACCUGGAGAAGGUCUCAGAAGUGAAGGACACAGUGCACCGGCAGUCCCUGCUCCACCAUCUCUGCCAGAUGGUGGUAGAGAAGUUCCCAGAAACCACCGACCUCUACUCAGAAAUUGGCUCCAUCACCCGUUCCGCCAAGGUUGACUUUGAUGAGCUGGCCAACAGCCUGGUGCAGCUGGAGCGGAGGUGCAGGGCCUCCUGGGACAACCUGAAGGUGAUUGCCAAGCACGAGACCAAGCCAGUGCUGAAGAGCAAGCUGACAGACUUCCUCAAGGACAGCACCCAACGCAUUGUCGUCUUGAAGGUGGUGCACAGGCGUGUCCUCAACAGGUUUCACUCCUUUCUGCUGUACCUGGGGUACCCGGCAAGUACGGCACGGGACGUGAAGGUGACUCCCAUCUGCAAGCUGCUGCGGGAGUUCGCCCUGGAGUACCGCACGUGCCGGGAGCGCGUCCUUCAACAGCAGAAGAAACGAGCUGCCCAUCGCGAGCGCAACAAGACUCGGGGACGGCUCAUCACUGAGACUGAGAAGUUCUCCGGCAUUGCCGAAGCUGCUUCACCACCCGCUGUGGUGUCCAGUGGCCCCAUGGAGCAGAUGGAAGCAGGUCACGAGAGCAUGAAGAGCCUGCUGACCUCCCCCACGGAUGUCCCUGCCCGCCGCAGCCGGGCCAGCCAGGGGACAGGGCAUGCCACCCCGGCCCAGGGCUCUCCAGCCCAGGAGGACAUUCCCAGCUCCCCAGAUGAUGCUUCAGAUGAAAUCAUGGACCGGCUGGUGAAAUCGGUGACUCACAACACCAACCCCCGGCCCUGUGCCAACAAGGAGCGCAGGAGGUCCCGUGGCAAUAGGAAGUCCUUGCGACGGACACUGAAGAGCGGGCUCAGUGAUGACCUGGUGCAGGCGCUGGGCCUGGGACGGGCACCUGGCAUGGAGGUUUGA